GUUAAGAUGGAUUAAUUGCGUUCAGCGAUACUCCGUAUUACAGAAGAAAAUACGACGAAGUAGACCUUAUAAAGUAGGAGAUAUUCUACAUUUGCACCAUUUAUUUCAUUUUACUCAAUUUAUACGGUCAUGGAAAAAUUAAUGAGAAGUUGCUUUACGUGAAAAUAUGAAAUUUUCGACCAGGAAAUGCUAUCCUGUGGUUCCCGAAGGACUUGACUACACGUCUACAGUCUACACUACAGUGCGAAACGCCUUGGGCCCGGCUUUACAGCCGCACAGCUGCAGCACAGCUGAGAGAAAAGGUAAUCUUCCUGUACCAUGGCAAAGGUAGACAUCAAUUCUGCUGAUGUAGAUGCGCUGACAUCUCUACUCGGUGUUGGGAGGAACAGAGCUGAAGCUAUCGUCCAGCAUAGAGAGGCCUCAGGGGGAUUCAAUAGCAUCCAGGACCUGAUCACAGUACCUGGUAUCGGGAGCAAUGUGGUGGAUAUAAAUAGGAACCGACUUCAGUGCCGUACGAAUCAUGACGAUAGGACUCAGUCAACACCUUCCUCUAACCUCAGAAACUCUUCCCUUUCAUCAUCGUCGUCAUCAUCAUCUCCAUCAGUAUUUACCCCCUCGCAAUCAAACUCUUCAUCUCAUGCAUCGAACAGCAGUGGCCUCGUACGGCGUGGCAGGUACGCGCAAGUUCGGACUCUAUACUCCUCUUCCUCUGCCAGCCAGACGCAUCAUUCCUCAAGCACAAGCGGUAGCAGCAGCAGUACCUUCGGCUUUCGUAGGAGAACAACUCGAUUGGGAAGCAUUCUAGAACCAAAGACAGAGAGUGACUGCAAUGGUAAUAAUGACACAUGUCCUAGUCCUCCUGCCCCAGCGAUUGCGAAGGUCCUCCGGUCCGGCCCCAUUGCUGUAGGCGGAGAUGGUGAUCACCCUGAGUCCAAGGUGGCCAAGCGGAAAUCGGAGCCGCCAUUGAAUGAGGAAGCAUCGACCAGUAAGAAGACAUGUAAACCACCCAAAUUCAAGGGAGGCAGCAUAGUUCCCUAUCCAAUGUCAACGGCAUUGAGGUCACAUGGUUCUUCGUCGUCGGGGUCACCGCAGCGUAAACGAUUGACGUCUUUUCUCCAACAAUCAACUCCUCCGUCCAACCUUGCCACCUGGCUUAAAAUGUUCCAGGGCUGGAACCAGUCAGAAAAGAAGCGAGCCCUGGAUGACCUCAUAGAGAGAUGUGAACCCUCCCAAGUAAGGCAUAUCAUGUCCAUCAUCGAACCUCAAUUUCAGAGGGACUUCAUCUCAUUAUUACCCAGAGAGUUGGCUCUCUACGUCCUGUCUUUCCUGGAGCCGAGGGACCUCCUGCGCGCUGCCCAAACCUGCCACUACUGGCGGAUCCUCUGCGAGGACAACCUCCUGUGGAAGGAAAAGUGCAGGGAGACGGGCAUCGAGGAGCUCAACGGCAAACAGACCAAGAGGAGGUCCAACUCUGGUGUCCCCCGGAGUCCCUGGAAGAGCAUGUACCUGAGGCAGCAUCAGAUACAGUACAACUGGAGGUUUGGCGAGAUCAAGACUGGGAAGGCAUUGAAAGGUCAUGAUGAUCAUGUGAUAACAUGCUUGCAGUUCAACGGUCAGCGUAUUGUUAGUGGUUCUGAUGAUAAUACACUCAAAGUGUGGUCAGCUCUUACUGGCAAGUGUUUGCGGACAUUGGUUGGACACACCGGCGGCGUCUGGUCAUCUCAGAUGAAUAACAACAUUGUCAUCAGCGGGUCAACGGAUCGGACGCUGAAGGUCUGGAAUGCGGACACUGGACACUGUAUACACACCCUAUACGGUCACACGUCAACGGUCAGGUGUAUGCACCUGCAUGGCAACAAAGUGGUCAGUGGGUCAAGAGAUGCUACUCUAAGGCUAUGGGACAUCGAGACCGGCCAGUGCCUCCAUGUCCUGAUGGGUCACGUAGCAGCGGUCAGAUGUGUCCAGUACGAUGGCCGACGGGUGGUCAGUGGGGCCUAUGACUACACGGUCAAGGUCUGGAACCCAGAGACGGAGGAAUGUCUACACACGCUGCAAGGUCAUACAAACAGAGUCUAUUCAUUACAGUUUGAUGGUACCCACAUAGUGAGUGGCUCCUUGGACACGUCUAUACGGGUGUGGGAUGCAGACACUGGUGAAUGCAAGCACACAUUAACUGGUCACCAGUCUCUGACCAGCGGCAUGGAGCUGAAAGACAAUAUCCUGGUGUCCGGGAAUGCCGACUCCACGGUCAAGAUCUGGGACAUCACGUCGGGCCAGUGCUUACAGACGUUGCAAGGUGCCAACAAACAUCAGAGCGCUGUUACAUGCCUUCAGUUCAAUCGUAAAUUUGUGAUCACGUGUUCUGACGAUGGCACCGUCAAGCUAUGGGACUUGAACACUGGUGAAUUCAUUAGAAACUUGGUGACUUUGGACAGCGGGGGCAGUGGAGGCGUGGUGUGGCGGGUCUGCGCCAAUCCAACAAAACUGGUGUGCGCGGUCGGAAGCCGCAAUGGCACGGAAGAGACGAAACUGUUGGUGUUGGACUUUGAGCCAGAUCCAAGGCUCUGACCAGAGGUUACGGCUAGGAAGUGACAGGAAUUGUUGCAGCUGCAGUGAUUUGUGUUACUUCAUUGAAAGAGAGAGAAGCCAUCAUGAUUAAGUCAACAGGAGCUGUUGCAACAUCUCCUCGUAGUUGACUACAGAUGACGGCUAGGAAGAGACGGGAGUCUUCACAGCUGCAGAGGUUUGGAGUCUACAUAGUGAAAAGGGAGAAGUCAUGACUGCAGUAGUAGGAGCUUUAGCAACCUCUUCUCGUAGUCGCUUACAGUGGUCGGCUAGGGGGAGACAGGAACCUUCGCACCUGCUGAGAUUGGAUUGGAUCGAAAGAGAGAAAAGUUGCUGUGACUGCAGGAGACGUAAGAACGUCCCUCUAUAAAUGCAGAUGACGGCUCAGAAGAGACAAGAGUCUUCACAGCUGCCGAGUCUUUCCAGUCAAAAUAAGAGUAGUUGCAGUGCCUGCAGAGAGAGUGACUACUCUUAGUUGAUCAGAGAUGUCCUGCCACAAAGAUAUCAGAAACGUUGCAACUUCGACUGAAGAUUGAUGACUGCAGAUAUCCUUCUGGUUCUGUGAGACUGAUUUGAAUUGUAUUAAGUUCACAAUGUCUUGCAGGUUCAAAGGAUGGACAAAGCUACUAGAUUGGAAUGCAUUUUGUUGUGAAUUGCAGUAUGAGAGUGAAGUGGAUUAUGGAAUGCCAAAGGUUGCUGUGGGUUGUCUUAGAGCAGCUAAGCAGAAUGAAGAAAGGGAAAUUCACAAGUCCCUUUGAGAUAACGUAGCGCCUCGUCCUGCACCAAAUUUCAAUGGAGACAAUGAGAUGAAAAAGCCAGUCUCAAAAUCUGAGUUAUGUAUUAAUAUGAUAUAAAUCCACUCAUUAAAACUGCUGAAUUGCUAUGGGGCAAUCACACAUGACAGAAACUGGAGCCUGUUUCAUAAAAAGGUUUUCUAAUAACAAAUUUACAAUAACAGUUUAAAAGCUAUUGAAAUCAGUAAAUUUGAUUGGAUGAUAGCAAACUUGUUAUAGAAAUAGUGCAUUUGUUUUUUAAAGUCUUUAUGAAAUGAGACCCAGUUCAAUUCCUGGCAUCUUGAACUAUCAUGAACAAUUAUUAUUGGCAUUGAUGGAAAAAUUACUGAAAUGCCAUCAAAUUUCUGUAAUGUGCUGCUGCCUAUUAAUAGUUUUGUUAAUCAAGUUUAGGGGAGAGGGUUAUAUAGGUUUUAAAGCAAGCAAAGAGGUUUUAUUAUCCAAGGGUUUCUCAAUAGAUAAAAGUUAUUGAAAAAUGACUUCUUGUAUUUCUAUUGUGUUGGUUACCAGUAGCUUGGUGGAGAGAAUAUAAUUGUGUGGGCCUGGGGACUAUAUUUUUAAAACAAUUGAAAGGCAAGGUUUGAAGUGUAUUCUCUGCAAAGGGGAAAGGAAACAGUUUUAGAGAGUUACUGUAAUUUUGGUUUCCCCAUUUCCCCAUGAUUACUUGUGUAUGUACAUCUAUCUAUCUAUCUAUCUUUGGGUCAUGAGAUCGCCUAUGUGCCAUGGUGAUUUUCGUAAUUUUGUGUUUUUAUAGCUUCAAAAGUCUUUAUCUCUCUGAGUAUACACCUGUUGAUAGUAAAAGGUUUCUUCCAGGAGACAAAAAUCUUCUUGUAUCACAUGCUGUUGCACUUAGCCACCCACGUGGUCUACCUGCCGAGUGCUCUCAUGCAUGGCAUAUGGUGAACCUCAUUAUUUCUUUGUCACCCAUUUAAAAAGUUCAAUGACUUUCCAUUCUGUCAACAAAGUUCAGGAGUUUCGAUUAUUCACAAGGAAGAGAUGCAGUAUGCUUCUCAUUCCAUCCGAAGCAAACUUUUCCGAUUUGAAUUUCAUCCCUACAUGUAAGUGACCACUCCUGAUAAGUGAUGAUUCUGAUAAUGUGCCCUUUGAAGGGCCUUGGUGUUUGCUUUUGUCAUAUAUUCAAUUCAAACCUGUUGCGCUAUAUUUUUUCUACUCAUUGUGAAGGCACCACAUGGUGUCAGAAUGCACUCACCAUGCCAGAAGGGAUGCAAUAUAUCAGCUUCCAUAUAUUUCUUUAUUUUCGUUCUCGUCAGAAUACCGUGGCAUGUCAAGUACUUUGCUUUGUUUGUCCUUUUGCGGGAUUGCAGCAUACAUGAACAUUAUAAAAUUUGAUACUGUGAAUAUUGCUUUGUACUGUUUAGUCACCACUGCCAUUUAUAUUCAAUGUAUGCGUUCUUAGAUUUUAUUGUACAUGCAGGUCUUGGAGUCCAUCUUCUUCUGUUUGACAUGCUCACUGCUAUAUACAGUUAUGUGAUUGAGCUUAACAUUCUUUAUUAAUUUCAGCUUGUAAAAAAGCCAUUAUAAACAUAUCAAGUUUCAUUCACUCAGAAUGUAUUUACUGUUAUUGAUUUCAUUUUAUGCUGAUAUGUUUACUGACCAUGGCUUGCAUAAGGUUGUCACUGCUCGUCGUCACCAUUAUCACACAUCCAAUCAUCUUAACCAUCAUUGUAAAUUGUGUUCAUUAUCAUUACAAUUAUCAUUAUUAUCAUCAGAGACCAUGGCCCCUUCUAACAAAGAGCUCUGAUUGAUCCAAUCAACCACAAAAAUGGAAAGCCGGCAACGCCAACUUCUUAAAUGCAUGUUUGCUCAAAGUAUUUUUAGUCUAGAUAUGAUGUUUACUCACUGUCUUCUUAAAAAUUCAGUUUGCUUUCUUUUUUCUUUUUUUACAAAGGACAUUGUGAAAAUUUCCUGUAGGAAAAGUUACAUUCAGGGAUUUCCAUACAGUUGGGUUGAUCAGAUCAAUCAUAACUCUUUGUAAGAGGGAAACCAGGUGGCUUCCUUGCUAGGGGGCGAUUCUAUAAAAUAUCAACCUAUAUGUACAUGUAUGUCCAAUCCCUGCAUUUUCUAUUCUUACUUUACUCUGAGAACUACUCAAGCCAUGAUAAAGUGAUAGUUAAGCCUUCCAUGUGAACUACGGUAUAUCUGCAUAUAAUACAAGAUAGGAAAGCUAUUUCCUUGCAUGUACAUAUAAUAAGAAUAAAGUCAUUUUUAUCUGGGAUAUCCACUUCAGUUUCGAAAACUGUUCUACCAGUGGGCCCUGCUUAACACGAUGAUGUUAGUAUUACCCUGGUUUUAGCUGCACCGCCCACAGGCACUCAAGCACUUGAGGAAUAUCUUCCUACCGGGAACUCUACCUGGAUUGAGUGCAGCACAAUGUGGGUAAAUUUCUUGCUGAAGGAAAACAUGCCAUGGCUGGUAAUCGAACCCACAUCCCUCAUAUUGAAAGACGAGUCGUGACCAUUAAAUCACAAUGCCCCCAGUAGUAAUUUGAAUGAAUGACAUGCCACAAGAGUUUUACUCUCUUGGGUCUAUGAGCAAUUGAUCUACUUGAUAGCAAGUCCAGGACUACAUGGGCUGAAUGCAUUUGGUCUAAGAGCCUUGUGGUCUAGAAUACACUUUGUCUGAUACUCAGUCUUAAUUUCAACUUUAUUUACUAAUAAUUUUACGCUUUAUUUAAUGUGAAUUUUAUUUGUAAACAGUCCAUGUAACUCUAUAUACUACAUUGUGUUAGACCAAGUGGAUAUUAGGCGAAAUGGGUGUAGCCCAACUGGAAAUAUGACUGUAUGACAAAGUGGUAUAAUAGUAGGCUAAAUGGCAAUUAGACCAAAUGGUCAGUAGAUGGGCUGGUUGGUAGAUCAAGUUGGAUUAGACCAUGUGUGGUGAGACCAAAUGGAAAGUCGACAUUUGUAGAUCAAUCAUCAAAUGACAUGUGUACCAUUAUCCUUCCUCAUUGGUUCCACAAGAAAAUUUGCAUAUGAAGCAGAAAAUUAAUGUGCAAUAUUCUCCCCUCAUUUCCUGUAGA